AUGACUCUUCCUCGUGUAGUGCCCCAAGGUGGCUAUGACAUUGGUGGCUACCACAUGCCAGCUGGGGUAAGCAUCCCCUUGAUCACCACAGCUCGAGGCCAUCACGCACUUUUAAACCUGCUAAUAGCUUUUGUUUUUCUUAGUCUGUCGUCGGCUUCAACCCUUGGGUUGUUCAUCGUAGCAAGGAAGAGUAUGGCCGAGAUGUUUACGCGUUUCGGCCUGAGAGGUAGCGCAAAGGGGACAAUAGCGACAUGCACCAUUUCUUCUUUGCCUUUGGAUCCCGAGCUCGAGUGUGCCUUGGUCGAAGUAGGUCUCGCAAGCAUCGAGUUCAAAGGUUCUGCUAACUCAUUAGCGUAG